UGUGCCGCUGAGCGAACGGCAUCAGAUCCUUCUGAAACUACCAAUCAACAUGAACGCUAAGGUCCUGCUUCUGGUGUGUCUUGCAGCUGUUGUUGCUGCAGACAGUUUUGAAUCUGCUGAAUCAGGCGAAUACAACUUCAACUGGGCCGUCAAACACGACGACUCCGGCAACGACUUCGGACACCAGGAAGCCCGCAAUGGAGACAACACUCAGGGAUCCUACUACGUGCAGCUCCCCGACGGCCGCCUGCAGACCGUGAGGUACGUCGUGGACGGCGACGACGGCUACGUGGCCGAGGUCAACUACGAGGGCGAGGCUCGUUACCCCGACUCCAAUGAAUCAAAGUAAAGAGAUUUUAUUGGCCACAACAUGAAAUGAAGCGACCAGGAGCACAUCCGAUUUGAUAACGUUUAAUAUGAAAGAGAACUGAAUGGUAAUAUAAGCCUUAUUUAUUGUUGCUUACAAAUAAAUCAUUUAUGAACAAAAGUUCUAUUCAAUACA